UACGCAACUAAAUCAUACAUUUCUUCCUACUUCACUUCUGUCAGCACUUUCUACUCUGUUUUUAUUAUUUUCUCUCAUCUCAUCAACUAUCACACGUAAUUUCAGUCCACAAAUAACAAUAAACAAAAUGAAGAAAGUUGUGUUGAAAUUGGAUAUGCAUGAUGAUCUUAGUUGCAAGAAGACAGCUUUGAAAUUGGUCUCCUCUGUUCCUGGGCUAGAUUCAAUCUCAGUGGACAUGAAGGUACAACAAUUGACUGUUAUUGGCGAUGUGGAUCCUGUAGCAGUGGUGAAAAAAUUGAAGAAGAAUUUUUACGUAGAACUUGUCUCAGUUGGGCCUGCAAAAGAGCCUGAAAAGCCCAAGCCCGCUGAGCCCAUACCUGUUGUUCAAGUGAAUGACUAUGUGCAUGCACAUAAUUACUCCUACGGAUAUAAUCAUCCAAACUAUUACGUCUACAGCAAUGGUUAUGUCAGAUGUGUUGAAGAAAAUCCAAAUGCUUGUGUUAUAUGUUGAGUAAUUAAAUCAAAGAGAUUUAAUAAUAAUUAAGGAUGAGUUAAAUUUUUAUUUUUUGAUUACUUAAGGUGUAAAGUAAAGAUUAGAUUGUAUGCAAUUUUGUUAAGGUAAGAUUUAACUUGUAUAAUUAUGUGUCUUAAUUUGUACGCAUUAUCGAUUUUUUUUCCAUUGAUUGUAACUAGAGAUUAAGUCAUGAACGUCAAACUUUUAUCUAAUUAGUGAAUAUAAUUAUUCAAUGUCAACAAGAUUAAUGAGCACAUUUUUAGAAA